AUGAACGUGCUCAAAAAACCUUCAUGGCCAUUCUUCAAGAAACUUUUGCUAUGUGGUCUUGGAGCGGUGAUUGCAAUUUCAGCUUUUUUGCUUUAUAUACACACUGCAUACCCGGUUCGGGACUUUCAAAAUACCGUCUUGAUUCAGAGAAAAUUUCAAGAAUGGCCACCAGAGAGAAAGUUGUUUUCACUUUUAUACCAAGAAAUAACUGAAAACAAGUUUCCUCUUGUUGAAACAGAUAUGGAAGAACACAAAUAUAUUUAUGAUUACAUUAGAAUGAUCAUGAAUAAUGAAUCAGGAUAUUUAAAGCAGAGAGUGAUGGAUAUACUUGAAAAUCACGAAUAUCUUGUUUAUUUACUGUGUUCCACGAGUAGAUAUCUCAAUUUCUUUAAGUUGGCUGAUCAUUCUGCUCUCCAUCCGUUGUGUAUCAAAAUUUGUUACAAGAACCGAAAUUUGGCUAAGUUACUCAAUGAAAAAGCACCAGGAAUUUGCGACCCUUAUUCUGAGAUAGCUGAUGAGAAGUGGAAAAAGUCAUCUCUCAAUAAUAAGCUUUAUCUUUGGACCAGUGAUUUUCAUGCAGCACCUAUUGGUUGUAAUAUGAAGGGUUUGGGUUUGGGUUUGGGUUUGGGUUUGGGUUUGGGUUUGGGUUUGGGUUUGGGUUUGGGUUUGGGUUUGGGUUUGGGUUUGGGUUUGGGUUUGGGUUUGGGUUUGGGUUUGGGUUUGGGUUUGGGUUUGGGUUUGGGUUUGGGUUUGGGUUUGGGUUUGGGUUUGGGUUUGGGUUUGGGUUUGGGUUUGGGUUUGGGUUUGGGUUUGGGUUUGGGUUUGGGUUUGGGUUUGGGUUUGGGUUUGGGUUUGGGUUUGGGUUUGGGUUUGGGUUUGGGUUUGGGUUUGGGUUUGGGUUUGGGUUUGGGUUUGGGUUUGGGUUUGGGUUUGGGUUUGGGUUUGGGUUUGGGUUUGGGUUUGGGUUUGGGUUUGGGUUUGGGUUUGGGUUUGGGUUUGGGUUUGGGUUUGGGUUUGGGUUUGGGUUUGGGUUUGGGUUUGGGUUUGGGUUUGGGUUUGGGUUUGGGUUUGGGUUUGGGUUUGGGUUUGGGUUUGGGUUUGGGUUUGGGUUUGGGUUUGGGUUUGGGUUUGGGUUUGGGUUUGGGUUUGGGUUUGGGUUUGGGUUUGGGUUUGGGUUUGGGUUUGGGUUUGGGUUUGGGUUUGGGUUUGGGUUUGGGUUUGGGUUUGGGUUUGGGUUUGGGUUUGGGUUUGGGUUUGGGUUUGGGUUUGGGUUUGGGUUUGGGUUUGGGUUUGGGUUUGGGUUUGGGUUUGGGUUUGGGUUUGGGUUUGGGUUUGGGUUUGGGUUUGGGUUUGGGUUUGGGUUUGGGUUUGGGUUUGGGUUUGGGUUUGGGUUUGGGUUUGGGUUUGGGUUUGGGUUUGGGUUUGGGUUUGGGUUUGGGUUUGGGUUUGGGUUUGGGUUUGGGUUUGGGUUUGGGUUUGGGUUUGGGUUUGGGUUUGGGUUUGGGUUUGGGUUUGGGUUUGGGUUUGGGUUUGGGUUUGGGUUUGGGUUUGGGUUUGGGUUUGGGUUUGGGUUUGGGUUUGGGUUUGGGUUUGGGUUUGGGUUUGGGUUUGGGUUUGGGUUUGGGUUUGGGUUUGGGUUUGGGUUUGGGUUUGGGUUUGGGUUUGGGUUUGGGUUUGGGUUUGGGUUUGGGUUUGGGUUUGGGUUUGGGUUUGGGUUUGGGUUUGGGUUUGGGUUUGGGUUUGGGUUUGGGUUUGGGUUUGGGUUUGGGUUUGGGUUUGGGUUUGGGUUUGGGUUUGGGUUUGGGUUUGGGUUUGGGUUUGGGUUUGGGUUUGGGUUUGGGUUUGGGUUUGGGUUUGGGUUUGGGUUUGGGUUUGGGUUUGGGUUUGGGUUUGGGUUUGGGUUUGGGUUUGGGUUUGGGUUUGGGUUUGGGUUUGGGUUUGGGUUUGGGUUUGGGUUUGGGUUUGGGUUUGGGUUUGGGUUUGGGUUUGGGUUUGGGUUUGGGUUUGGGUUUGGGUUUGGGUUUGGGUUUGGGUUUGGGUUUGGGUUUGGGUUUGGGUUUGGGUUUUGGGUUUGGGUUUGGGUUUGGGUUUGGGUUUGGGUUUGGGUUUGGGUUUGGGUUUGGGUUUGGGUUUGGGUUUGGGUUUGGGUUUGGGUUUGGGUUUGGGUUUGGA